AUGGCGACGGACGCAUCGAACGCGGACGACGCGCGCGGCGCGCGACGACCGAGCGACGACGCGCUGGCGCGCGCGUACGAACUCCUGGACGCGCGCGGACGCGGAUAUUUCACCGCGCGCGACGUGCGGCGCGUGGCGGACGCGAACGGGUUCGCGGACUGGUCGGACGAGCGCGUGCGCGCGAUGGUGUCGGCGUUCAAGCCCGAGGUCGAGCGGCGCGUCACGCGCGACGGCGCGGACGAGAGUUUGUUUAGAAUGAGUAGAGUAGAGUUUGAGCGCGCGGUCGCGCGCGCGGGGGCGCGCGCGCCGCGCGCGUGA